GGCCACUCCUGAUAUUGCUAUUUUGGUCCAGCAGAUUGACGCCGUGCUGCAAACGCAGCCCAAACUGCCGGAUGAGGAGCGAUGCCAGUUGCGCGAAGCAGGCCGCAGGCUCAGCCUCGCCAUGGAGAUUCCUGUGGACAGUAUCCAUCGGAUAGCAUAUGCACCCUUGCAAGUGGGCCUCGCGCAGGUAGGCGUCGAUCUCCGGCUGUUUGAGAUGAUUCGCGACAGCGUGUCAUCACACGCUGAGCUGGCCACCAAAGCCAAGGUUGAUCCUGUUCUAAUGAGGAGGUUGCUGCGGUAUUAUCAGUCUGUGGGUAUGAUAUCGCAGCUGGACACCGACACUUUUGUUGCCAACAACGUCACAAAUGCCCUCGCUUCAGAUAUGGGGAGAUCUGGGAUAUACAUGCAAGCGGAUGUCCUAGGCCGUUCCAUGCUGGCCUUCCCCCAGUUCCUGCGCAGCACCAACUACCGUAACCCUUCUAACCCCUAUGAGACGGCCUUUCAUUUGGGUAUGCAGACGGACCAGGAUCUCUUCAAGUGGCUCGAAAGCCACCCGAACUACUCUGUCAAUUUCAACACGUGGAUGUCCACCCAGCGGGAAACCAAGCCUAUCUUCCUCGACGUUCUAGACUUUCCCAGUGAGAUCGGCCCAUCGGACGAGUCUACCGUGCUCUUUGUCGAUAUCGGCGGGUCUAGAGGCCACCAAAGCAUUGCAUUGAGACAGCGAUACCCCGAUCUCCUGGGGCGAGUUAUCGUCCAGGACAUCCCACACGUCGUGGCAGAGGUAACCGCGAACCCACUGCCCGGAUUUGAGAGCAUCGAGAUCAUGGAGCACAACAUGUUUACGCCACAGCCUCUCAAGAGCGCUCGAGCGUACUACUUCCGCAGUGUUUUCCACGACUGGCCGGACGACAAGUGCCGUGAGAUUCUGGAGAAUCUUAAGGUGGGGAUGACGGGUGAGUCUCUCCUGCUUCUGGAUGAGAUGGUCGUGUCGGAGCGAGAUGCCCCCUGGCGAGCGACCCUGGCCGAUAUGACCAUGGCGGUGGCUUUGUCUGCUAUGGAACGUACAGAGGCCGAAUGGAGAGCGUUGCUAGAUGCAGCGGGGCUGCGGAUGGUCAAGGUUUUGAAAUAUCGCGCUGAGCUGGAGGACUGUGUGAUGGUGUGUGCUUUGAAGUAGAGUAUUUACUUAGCGAGA